AUGUUUUUGUGUCACAAAUACGCGGGCCCGUCGUGCGAAUUCCCUCCGCGCAAGACUUGGCGACAAACUGUCGAGCGAGGCCAGCCAGUCACCACAGUGCCGACGCAGAGGUCACACGACCUCUCUGGCGACAUCUAUCAGCUCGGUAAAGACACUUCCGAGCUUCUGUCGACAAUCUGGCGAGCAACCUGGCGAUAUUCUCAGCCCUUCUCGGCCUCGUCAGCCGUUCGCUCGAGCCCGACUACAAGAAAUACACUUCUACCUGGCAAAUUUAUGAGCCGAUUUAGGUUUGGCACUGGCGGUGAGAUUCCGCUAGGAGAGGAGUUCCCAGACCGGGGACUUUGCGGGCAGCGGUUGGUUUCAGUGUAUCUGGCCAACACUGCACGUGAAAGAGGCCUGCAUCUGUUUUGCCUCGCGCCUCCCCUCCUCGACCGCCCGAUGGGCACUUGCUCGACCCGACUCGACUCCGAUUUCAAUGGCCACUGCGAACCGAUGCGAAUCUCAGAUAGCUCCUGGCAGCCUUGGCUACCUUGCAAUCUUAUCAAACAACAGGCUACGGACGGACAAGGUAUCACGAUGAGACGGUCUCUGCUAACUCGCGAGCCGCCUAGGACAGUCAGUGUAGGUCACGUCCACACAUCUCAUUGCUAG